AUGUUCUCUGCAACGCCACCAGGCUUCAAACACGCACCAGUCACGAAGCUGGUUAUAAUCUUCAACAUCAGCGCGUCGAUAAUCACCUCGAUCUUGGGGAUCAAGCACUAUGCUUUCCUGCAGUUUGUUCCACAUGUUUGGAAUUGGGGACAAUGGUGGAGACUGCUUGUAUGGCAGUUUGUAUAUUUGAAUGAGUCCGAGGUUUUAUUCUCGUCGCUGCUGAUCUAUAAUCUCCGCGUUAUAGAGCGUCUACUCGGUAGUCGCAAGUUUGCUUCCCUGCUCGUGCUCUCUAUCGGAUUCUCUCUCUUCACAGCCCCCAUAACGCUCCUCUUACUCAAAUUCAUCCCCUCCUACUCAGCAAACUACCUCCCCUCCGGCCCCACCCCGCUCGUAUUCACAGUCCUCGCCCUCUACCACGACCUCGUGCCCUCCGUCUACAAAUUCAAAAUCUCAUCCUCCUCCUCCUCCCCACAACCCCACUCCCUCACCCUCUCCGACAAAAUCUUCGUCUACCUGCUCGCAACCCAACUCGCCCUCUCCCAACUCCCCGGCUCCCUCAUCUGCGCCUUCGCAGGCUGGCUCCUCGGCAUCCUCUGGCUCAAAGACUUCCUCCCACUCCGCAACUUCCGCAUCUCCCCGCGCGUCUGGUCCGCAAUCCACGCCCGCGGCCGCGCCUCCCUCCUCGCCCUCAGCACAACUCCCAACCACCACGCCUCGGGAAUCGCAGGCUUGGUGGCUGCUGCGGCAGCAGCAGAACGCACGGCGCAGCAGCAGCCGGCGAUCGAUCCUGUCGCGGGCUCGGCGACAACGACGGCUACGCCGCCCGCGGCGGCCACGGCGAGAACGCAGGCGGGGAGGGGGCUCGGGAGUCAGUUGUUGGAUACGUUUCGCGGGGAGUUUUAG